AUGCAUAGCGGCCUUUUGCAAGCAUUCGACGCGGUAAUCCGGGAAAGCCUUUGCACGAUUACAAACGUUGCCAUCACGGACCAAAUGUGGACGCAGGCAUCCCUGCCGAUCUCCGAGGGCGGUCUUGGAAUUCACAGCAUUGAGAAGCUAGCCCUUCCGGCCUUUUUGGCCUCGGCUUACUCAAUCGCGACGCUGGCAUCCGAGACUGCGGACUUUCACCCUGAUGAAAAGUGGGAUGAACCUCUAAUCGCGGAAGCUGUGGAAAUGUUGCGGGUUGAAGCCCAGGAUGACCUAUCCAGUCAAGCUCGGCUGCGCGGCGUGAGAACAAAAGAGAAUGGGGCUUGGCUAGAGGCGUUACCGGCAGCAUCAUUUGGAAACCUGCUGACAGAUUCUGCCCUGAGAAUCGCUGUUGGGCUACGCCUUGGAGCUGCUAUCAUCACUCCGCACCGUUGCAUCUGCGGGGACUGGGUGGACGCCCGAGGCUACCAUGGCCUCAGCUGCAAGAAAAGUCGAGGCAGAAAGCCCAGACACAGCAGCUUGAAUGCUGUCUGUAAACGAGCAUUCGCAUCAGCCGGAAUUGAAACAGAGCUUGAACCAGUGGGCUUAUGUCGAACGAAUGGCCAACGCCCGGUUACGUUAGCACCGUGGGAAAGAGGAAGAAUGCUGACGUGGGAUGUCACCUGCGUCUGUACGGUGGCAUUAUCGCAUAUCGUGGCAACAUCCGAGCGAGCUGGUGCAGCGGCGGCAAAGGCUGAACAGGAUAAGGUAACCAAGUACCAGAACAUCACCCCGGACUACCUGUUCAGCGCUCUGGGCUUUGAAACGCUAGGACCAAACGGACCGGAAGGUUCCCGUCUGCUGACGGAAGUGGGUAGAAGGGUACGGCAAGAAACUGGCGAGGCAAGAGCACCGGAAUACCUGCGCCAGCGUAUCAGCAUAGAAAUCCAGCGCGGGAACGCGGCCUCCGUUCAGGGAACAGCUCCACCGGGAGCAAAUUUAGAUCAGUUGUUCUCUGUUCUUAGACCUCCCGAGGCUGUUUUCUGCUGAUUGAGUGU